AUGCGCUCCUUCUUCGCUAUCUUGGCCCUUGCCACCAUCUCCUACGCGCAGUUUGCCCAGCAACUUCCAUGUGGAUUCUGUGAGUUUCCUUCUUCUCCUUGUACCUGACAAUUCUGAUCCGAUUUCAGCGUGCUCCCGCCGCACCGUGGUCAAUGCGAUCAUCGACGGACAACCCGGAACUGCCACCUGCUCGGAGAACACAAACCCGGCCAGAUGUCUCGGGUGUUGCCAGUCGAGAGCUCUCCAGGACGGACUCACCGUUGACCGUGCUUCCGGAUUCUUGUCGAACGACCAGAGAUCGUGCGUCUGCUGCUUCAGCAACAGCAACAGAAACUGCGGAAACAACAACACGUUCGGAAAGUAA